AUGGCUCGUGCCUUCUCCGUCCUCUUCCUGGCGACAGCCUGCGCGUUGGCGGCCUGGUGCGCGGCACCGAGCAGCUUCGUCGGCCCCUCCGCCACCAGUUCGGUGCAGCCUCGGACGGUGCUGCGGGCGGCCCCAAAGAAGAAGGCUAAGGGACCUUGGGUUGGUCCCAAGAAAGGAUCCUGGGUUAAGAUCUUGAGGCCUGAGUCCUAUUGGUUCCAGACGCGAGGGCAGGUAGUGAAUGUGAACCAGAAGCCGGAGGUGAAGUAUCCGGUCACCGUGAAGUUUGACCGGGUGAACUAUGCGAACGUCAACACAAACGGCUUUGCCCUCUGGGAGGCGGAAAGCGUACGAUACCUGAGACUGUGCGACUGA